AUGAGCGGCAUGAUUGAAUCCGGAAAGUACAAGAUCGCCAAUUACAUGUAUCCAAACCGAUACGUCUACAUGUCAGGAAACAAUGAGUUCGUCGGCCAUGACGUUGCUCAGAUCAUCCAAGUCGAUGUCAUAGACGUGGUUCAGCAUCUUGCGACUCUCUUUGAUACUGCAACAAACAAGUACCUUGGGUGCGACUUGGAUGAUGGUAAAGUCAAAGGCUACGACGAUCCACAGGUGCUCCAGUUGUCGGGUGACGACGGCGUCAGAUUUGUGAUCCAUCCACAGGACGUCAACCAAGUGUGGGUUCUCAAAGAUGACGGAAACUGGACCUUUAUCACUGUUGAGCCAGCUCCUGACUCGGAUAAUAAGUACUGGACGUUCGAAAAUGUGGAAUAG